GCCAAACUGCACGUUGGGUACAACUCGAAGACACAAGUGACGCUUUUGAUGCAUCCAUCAGGAGUCACGUUUUGUAUGUGACAACUGUUGGUUGCAUCAGUUUAUUAGAUGGAGGAGCAUCAUCAUUAUCCAGCUUGCACAGUAGAAAAAAAAUAAUCGUUUAUAUUAAUAGAAAAUGACAUGACAAUAUUUUCUAUAUUAGAGUGACCUUGACAGUAAAUGUGGUCUUUGCCGAUGCAGUGGCGCUCCAGUACACUGGGAGGCGCAGUGCAAUGUCAAUCUGGUCGCAUUAAGAAACCCACGAAGAAGAAAAAGAGGCAGGAAGACGCUGUACAGUCGUUCGUCUGUUCGGCAACACGAUACCAACCUGCUCAGUGGACCACCUUCAAACCACCGACAGAAAAUGGACACGCGGUUCACUCGAGGCAAAUCCAACAUCCUGGAGCGACCCCUCACCCGACCCAAGACCGAGGUGAGCGUGAGCGCGUUCGCCCUCCUGUACUCCGAGAUGGUGCAGUACUGUCAGAGCCGCGUGUACUCGGUGUCGGAGCUGCAGACGCGCCUGGCCGACAUGGGCCAGAGCGUCGGCGCCAGCCUGCUGGACGUGCUGGUGCUGAGGGAGAAGAACGGCAAGAGGGAGACCAAAGUGCUCAACAUGCUGCUCUUUAUCAAGGUCAAUGUCUGGAAGUCUCUGUUUGGGAAGGAGGCUGACAAACUGGAGCAAGCCAACGAUGACGACAAGACGUAUUACAUCAUAGAGAAGGAGCCCCUCAUCAAUGCGUACAUUUCCGUGCCCAAGGAGAACAGCAGCUUGAACUGCGCCGCCUUCACGGCGGGCGUCGUGGAGGCCAUCCUCACACACAGCGGCUUCCCCGCCAAGGUCACCGCCCACUGGCACAAGGGCACCACGCUGAUGAUCAAGUUCAACGAGUCCGUCAUAGCCAGGGACAAGGCCCUGGAUGGCAGAUGAGGAAGACUGGAGAAAGCCAAGGGGGUGGGG